ACAAACCAGCCAAGACGCAACCGCACGUCCGCACCGCACGCCCAAGCAACGCCGCAGGCGCCCGUCCGACCUCACCUCCCGGUACCGGACCUCUCCACUGCUUCCCUCCUGCACCCACGAGCGCCUAGGCCUCGCUUCCUCCUCCCUCCCCGCGCGCUUCUCAAGGCGCGUCGUCCCCCGAGGCGGUAACCAUCCCAUCCAAGGGCGAGGCGGCGGCCGGCGGGGUUACGUUUCGCGGAGGGAGAAGGCGACUCGCGCGGACCGUUGGUUUCCGUUCGUGCGUCCGCCAUGGCCGGGGAGAGUGGGGAGGGGUUGGUGGUGGACUCCGGCGAGAAGCGCCUCAACGAGCUUGGGUACAAGCAGGAGCUCCGGAGGGAGAUGACGCUGUUCAAGACGCUGGCCAUCUCCUUCUCGACGAUGACGCUCUUCACGGGGAUCACGCCGCUGUACGGGAGCAGCCUGCAGUACGCGGGGCCGGCCUCCCUCGUCUGGGGCUGGGUCGUCGUCUCCUUCUUCACCUGGUUCGUCGGCGUCGCCAUGGCCGAGAUCUGCUCCUCCUUCCCGACCACUGGCUCUCUGUAUUUUUGGGCUGCUCAUUUGGCUGGUCCAGUCUGGGGUCCUUUGGCGUCUUGGUGCUGCGCUUGGCUGGAGGCCAUCGGCCUCAUUGCAGGAAUUGGCACACAGGCAUAUGCAGGAUCCCAAGUGUUGCAGAGCAUCAUUCUACUCUGCACUGGCACCAACACCGGCGGUGGCUAUUUGACCCCACGCUGGCUAUUCCUGGUCAUGUACAUCGGGCUAACCCUGAUCUGGGCCGUGCUCAACACUUUCGCGCUCGAAGUCAUCGCCGUCCUCGACGUGAUCUCCAUGUGGUGGCAGGUGAUCGGUGGCACCGUCAUCGUGGUGAUGCUCCCACUGGUGGCCAAGACCACGCAGCCGGCGUCGUACGUGUUUACCCAUUUCCAGACGACACCGGAGGUGACCGGGAUCAGCAGCGGCUCCUACGCCGUCGUCCUGUCCUUCCUGGUGAGCCAGUACUCCCUGUACGGGUACGACGCGGCGGCGCACCUGACGGAGGAGACCAAGGGUGCGGACAAGAACGGGCCCAUCGCCAUCCUCUCCAGCAUCGGCAUCAUCUCCGUGUUCGGGUGGGCGUACAUCCUCGCGCUCACCUUCAGCAUCCAGGACUUCAGCUACCUGUACGACCCGAACAACGAGACGGCGGGCGCGUUCGUGCCGGCGCAGAUACUGUACGACGCGUUCCACGGGCGGUACCAUAACUCGGCGGGCGCCAUCGUGCUGCUCUUCGUCAUCUGGGGCUCCUUCUUCUUCGGCGGGCUCUCCAUCACGACGAGCGCCGCCCGCGUGGUGUACGCGCUGUCCCGGGACAGGGGCAUCCCCUUCUCCUCGGUGUGGCGCCGCAUCCACCCGCGGCGCAAGGUUCCGGCGAACGCGGUGUGGCUGUGCGCGGCGGUGUGCGCGCUGCUGGGCCUGCCGAUCCUGCGCAUCAACGUGGUGUUCACGGCCAUCACCUCCGUGGCCACCAUCGGGUGGGUGGGCGGGUACGCGGUGCCCAUCUUCGCGCGCAUGGUGAUGCGGGAGGAGGACUUCCGGCCGGGGCCAUUCUACCUGGGCGCCGCCAGCAGGCCCGUCUGCCUCGUGGCGUUCCUGUGGAUCUGCUACACCUGCGCCGUGUUCCUGCUCCCGACGUCGUACCCGAUCAGGAUGGACACCUUCAACUACGCGCCCAUCGCGCUGGGAGUCUGCCUCGGCCUCAUCAUGCUCUGGUGGGCGCUCGACGCCAGGAAGUGGUUCAAGGGCCCCGUCAGGAACAUCGACGAGCACAACAACGGCAAGGUCUGAUCCCGGCAAGCCCUCAGAGCGAUCGACCGACGCCAUUCUUUUUCUUCCUCUUCUUGGGCUCUCGUGAUGACGUUCUCCGACUGGUUCUCCCUCUACGUGUUAUGCUGGAUCAAUGGGGAUUAGUUUAGGUGGCGAGUGGUGGGUUGAUUAUUCCUGUGUGGUAUACAAGGAAGAAGGUAUUACUUAGGUGUAGGUUUGCAAAAAUGAACUCGGAAGCAUUAUGAAAACAAGGGAGGAAAUGUUGCGCAAACCGAAAAGUUAAAGAAAGAUGGACUACCGAUGGAUGAACAACAGAAAUGGGAUGCGUGACGAGAAUGUCAACAACAGAAUUUAUUCGCAUACACAUGUAGUUUGUGCUACCCUCGAUGUUUGUUAACCCACUCCUCUUAGACACGUAUCUUGACUAAACGGCAAGGUUGAUAUCAGCUCUAUGCCAAGACACUUGCGCAAACCAGAAGGAAGAGGAAGGAACACUUGAGUGAGUGAGGAAGGGAGGAACUGCGAAUGAUACUUUUCCAUACAUUUCCAUCCCCGCGCUCUGAGCGAGCGCAGCACGCGACGGACGUGGGGCUCCAGCUUGUGGCGGAGAAGGGAGGUGGUCGUGGAUGGCGCUAGCUGCCGCGUGUUCUCCGGCUGACCGUAGGAGGAGAUGUGCUGGCACAUAGAUGUGACCUUUUCGGGGUUGAUCUUCCUUAAGAUGAUACAUGUUCGUGAAGUCCAGGUUCACUUUCAGUGGCAAGUUACUGGUCAUGUUCUUUUUUUUGCGGGAAAUGUUCUUUGAAGUUUAAUCCCUGAUCAAAUUGUACAGCUACUCUUAAUAAGUACUCUAAAAUGGUUAGGAGUUCCUUUC